AGCCUUGAACCAGGAUGGCUGAGCCCCGCCAGGAGUUUGACACAACGGAAGAUCAUGCUGGGGGCUACACCCUGCUGCAUGACCAAGAUGGAGACACAGAACAUGGUCUGAAAGAGUCUCCCCUGCAGACUCCUGCCGAUGACGGAUCUGAGGAACCGGGCUCUGAGACCUCUGAUGCUAAGAGCACUCCGACGGCUGAAGACGUGACCGCACCCUUAGUGGAGGAGAGAAUCCCUGGCGAGCAGGCUGCUGCCCAGGGCCACACGGAGAUCCCAGAAGGAACCACAGCUGAAGAAGCGGGCAUUGGUGACACCCCAAACCUGGAAGACCAAGCUGCAGGACACGUGACUCAAGAGCCUGAGAGAGUCGGGAUGGUCCAGGAAAACCUGCUCAGGGAACCAGAGUGCCAUGAAGGCCAGGUAUCCGAUCCAGAGGUCCCGGGUCUGAGCUUCCAGCGCAUAUUGGACCUGCCUGGCACCCACUUCCUGCCACAAGGCCUCAGAAAGGCCACAUACCCACCUUCAAGGAUGGGACUUGAGGACACAGAGCGAAGCUACCCAAGCUCUGAGCUGCUGGAACACCAGGAGGGGCUGGCUCUGAAGGGGGUCUGGGGCAAAGAGAGGCAGGGUGGCCAGGAGGAGCUGGAUGAAGACCGUGACGUGGAUGAGUCAUCACCCCACAACUCCAUUUCCUCCCAGACCUCACCUGCCCCUGCCGGGCCAUCCCCCGCAGUGGUCUCCAGUGAGGCUACUGGCCUCCUCAGCUGGCCAGCCCAGGGUGCCAUCCCACUCCCUGUUGAUUUCCUCUCCAAAGUUUCUACAGAGACCCCAGCCUUGCAACCCGAUGGGCCCUGCACGGGGCCUACCUCGGAAGGGCCUGAGGCGGUCCCCGAAUUCACGUUCCACGUGGAAAUCAAAGCCAACGUGCAGAAGGAGCAGGCGCAGGCCCACCCGGAUUUGGAAGGGGCUACACUUCUGGGGGCCCCUGGACAGGAGCAAGAGGCCCGGAGCCUCUCUAUGGAAGAGGCCACAAAAGAGGCUGGCCUUCUGGAGUCAUCUAAGAAGCAGCCUACAGCUAGCCUGCCAGGGAGACCCGUCAGCCGGGUCCCUCAACUCAAAGCUCGCAUGGUCAGUAAAAGCAAAGAUGGCACUGGAAAUGAUGACAAGAAAGCAAAGACAUCCACACCUUCCUGUGCUAAAACCCUGAACCAUAGGCCCUGCCUUAGCCCCAAACGCCCCACUCCUGGUAGCUCAGACCCUUUGAUCAAACCCUCCAGCCCUGCCGUGUGCCCUGAGCCAGCCACCUCUCCUAAACACGCCUCUCCUGUCACACCCCGAACUGCCAGUUCUGCAUCAAAGGAGAUGAAACUCAAGGGAGCCGAUGGGAAAACUGGAACAAAGAUCGCCACCCCCCGGGGAGCAGCAACUCCAGGCCAGAAGGGCGCAGCCAAUGCCACCAGGAUUCCAGCCAAAACCACGCCCUCCCCAAAGACUCCGCCCGGCACUGCUUCCAAGCAAGUGCAGAGAAAGCCACCCCCUGCAGAGACACGGUCCCCGAGAGGUGAAUCGGCAAAAUCUGGGGAUCGCAGUGGCUACAGCAGCCCCGGCUCCCCAGGGACUCCAGGCAGCCGCUCGCGCACCCCAUCUCUGCCAACUCCACCCACGCGGGAGCCCAAGAAGGUGGCUGUGGUUCGAACUCCCCCAAAGUCACCAUCUUCCACCAAGAGCCGCCUGCAGACUGCCCCGGUGCCCAUGCCAGACCUGAAGAAUGUCAGGUCCAAGAUUGGCUCCACUGAAAACCUGAAGCACCAGCCAGGCGGUGGGAAGGUGCAGAUAAUUAAUAAGAAGCUGGAUCUUAGCAACGUCCAGUCCAAGUGUGGCUCAAAGGACAAUAUCAAACACGUCCCUGGCGGCGGCAGUGUGCAAAUAGUCUACAAACCAGUGGACCUGAGCAAGGUGACCUCCAAAUGUGGCUCAUUAGGCAACAUUCAUCAUAAACCAGGAGGUGGUCAGGUGGAAGUAAAGUCUGAAAAGCUGGAUUUCAAGGACCGAGUCCAGUCGAAGAUCGGCUCUCUGGAUAAUAUCACUCAUGUUCCUGGAGGAGGGAAUAAGAAGAUUGAAACCCACAAGCUGACUUUCCGUGAGAACGCCAAAGCCAAGACAGACCACGGGGCAGAGAUUGUGUACAAGUCUCCUGUGGUGUCCGGGGACACGUCUCCACGGCACCUCAGCAAUGUGUCUUCCACUGGCAGCAUCAACAUGGUAGACUCGCCGCAGCUCGCCACACUGGCUGAUGAAGUGUCUGCCUCCCUGGCCAAGCAGGGUUUGUGAUCAGGCCCCUAGGGCGGUCAGUAAUCGUGGAGAGAAGAGAGAGUGAGAGAGUGUGGAAAAAUAAAUGAAUGAUCUGGCCCCUCGCCCUCUGCCCUCCCCGCUGCUCCGCACAGGGCUCGCCCGCCGGUGUCACCUAACCUGCUUUUGUCGCUUGGUAUUGGGACUUUAAAAUCAGAGAUAGGAAUAAGAGCAAAUUUCAUCUUUCCAAAUAGAUUGGUGGGCUAAUAAUAAAAUAUUUUUCCAAAAAACAAAAAAAAAAAGCGUGUAAAACACGGCCAUGCCCAACAUUUCUUUGGGCAAAUUCUUUUUGAUCCUUUUGUGUUUUGUUUUGUUUUUUUCUUUUCCCCCCUAAGUAUUAAGAGGGCGAAGGAGAGGUUCUGAAAGCUGUUUCUGGGGAAUUUCAAGGGACUGGGGCUCCUGCUGCCCCCCGCCCCCAUCCAGGGAGUGUCAUGAACAGCAUCAGCCACAACAAACGAUUUGAAACUUGGUGUGUUCAUGGAGCCACAGGCAGAGGAUGUGUGAGUGUGAGGGGUGAAGUGGGGGAGGUGGAAGGGGGGGUCAGGGAGGAGCAGAUGAGAGGGGAGGGCAGGGAUAUGGAAAGGGGCCCUGGGCCCUGCUGAAAGUGGCAGAAAAGGCUGCAGGAAAGAUGGCCUCUGUCCCCACAGCAUUGUCUACCUGCUGUUGGGGUCCAGGUGUGCUGUAGGCCGCGGCUGUCCCUCCUCAGGAGGUGGUCACUGGAGAAGGGACAGUGGGCAGGAGAUGGAAGGCGGCAGCCUGUGGAUCACUUCUGUGGAGAAGACGGAGCUCGACCUUGUAGAUUAUUGGCCUCUCCCUUUUUGCAGUGGGGGGCUCCUGAGCUGAGAGGCUUCCCUCCACCCCCGCAGAAACCCUGUUUUAUUGAGUUCUGAAGGUUGAAACUGCACGAUUUUGACCGUGUCACAGACCUGGGACUUUAGGGCUAACCAGUUCUCUCUUUGUAAGGACUUGUGCCUCUUGAAGGGGAUAUCUUUCUUUCCUAAGCCUGGGC